AAUCGAUUUCGAUUUCGAUUUCGAUUUCGAUUCUUGGUUCUUGUUCCUCGUCGCCCCCUCUUUCAAUCCACACCUUCUUAUCAUUUUCCGGGUAUUUGCGGAGAAUUUUGUGUUCUAGCAAUCAGAAGCUGCGUGAUUAAGCUAAAGUUUCAAUCAUGGAAAAGGUCGAAGCAAAAUCCCGCAGGGAGAAGCGGAAAGAAUCUCGUUUGGAAAAGAGCAGGAAUCGGUUUCAAUCUUGGGUUCAGCACCAGGGGACUAAGAAGAAGAAAAAUGCGGCGUUGAAUGAUUCAAGUCGCGGUGGUGCGGAGAUGAAAUUCGGCGGAAAAUCCGACUCUUCGAGGAAGAGGAGGAAAAAUGCUGUAGAGAGUAAAUCCAAAUCCAAUUCCAAGUUUCAGGAGUUUCUGAGAAUGGAUAUGGGACUGGCGGCAGCCGGAGCGGAGGAGGAUCUGGAAAUGGAAAGGAGGCUCGCGAAGAAGCUCAAGGUGAAGGAUGGGAGAUUGGCCGGUCUCGACGAUGGACUAAACAUGAUCUUUGAAGAUCUCGAUCCAAUUGAGGACUCCGUUGUUGUUAAUGGUGGCGUAGAAGAUGGCGGCAGUGAGAAGCUUCUUAGGUCGGAUAAGAAGAUGAGAUCGAAGAAAAAGAAGAAGCCGCGAGAGAGCGAGGUAGCUGAGGAGGUGAUUGCUGGAGCAUCGGAUACUGAGAUUAUUGAAGAGCCUUGUGCAGAGAAACCUGCGGCGGAGAGGAAGGCGAAGUAUGUGGCCCCGCAUCUGCGAGGUUGUGCGAAUGCCGAGUCAGAAGAGAUUUCGCAAAUUCGCCGCAGAGUUAGAGGGCUUCUGAACAGGCUUUCCGAGUUGAAUGUGGAAUCUAUCACAGAAGAAGUCGCCACAAUUUUUCGAUCAGUUUCUCGCAGUGUUGGCUGUCAGGUAAUUGGUGAUGAGGUUGUCGCUUCUUGUUCUGGCGGACCCCGUGGCAAUGAACAGUACGGUGCUGUAUUCGCAGCCUUUGUUUCAGGUAUGGCAUGUUUAGUUGGGGUUGACUUCAGUGCGAAGCUCCUUGCUUCCCUUGCUAAAUCAUUUGAGGAUGAAUACUCGAAGGAAGACAGCCUAUCUUUGCGGAAUCUCACCUUACUAUUGUCGUACUUGUGCAUAUUUGGUGCUUGUUCGAGUGAUCUUUUAUAUGACCUUCUUUCGGAGUUGGGCAAGCGGUUGACAGAGUUAGAUGUUGCUACAAUCUUGACUAUCUUACAGUGUUGCGGAAUGAAACUCAGGGGCGAUGAUCCCAGCGCUAUGAAAGAUUUUGUCCUUAGCAUUCAGAAUAGAGUAAAUGUGUUGAAAUCUUAUUCUGAAGGCACACAAGAUGGGAAUCCAAACAUAAAUAGUAAAAGAAUGGAAUUCAUGCUCGAGACAAUCUGUGAUAUUAAAAACAACAAAAGAAGGCUUAAAGAGGAUCCUGCGCAUCAUACACGGUUGAAGAAAUGGCUACAAAAGCUAAGAGCAGAAGAUAUCCUCUUGCGCGGGCUCAAGUGGAGCAAACUCCUCGACCCAGAGAAGAAAGGGCAGUGGUGGUUGUCCGGGGAUGUAGCCCCCACAACGGAAAAUAUCGAUGACGUGGCAACUACAAUCAACAUGGAGGUUUUGGAAGCACAAAAGUUGGUUCAGCUCGCGGCCGCUCAGAGGAUGAACACCGACCUACGGCGGGCAAUCUUUUGCAUAAUUAUGAGUGGUGAAGACUAUAUCGAUGCUUUUGAGAAGCUCCUGAGACUGGAUCUUUCUGGGAAGCAGGAUCGGGAAAUUAUGAGGGUCCUUGUUGAUUGCUGUUUGCACGAAAAGAUGUUUAACAAGUACUACACCGUUUUGGCUUCUAAGUUAUGUAGUCAUGACAAAAAUCACAAGUUCAGCUUACAGUAUUGCCUAUGGGAUCACUUUAAAGAACUCGACACGAUGGAGCUGAACCGUUCCAUGAACCUCGCGAGAUUCGUCGCGGAGAUGCUCGCGAGCUUCUCGCUCUCCCUUGCUAUCCUGAAGUCCGUAGACCUAGCCAACCCCGUGUAUCUGACCCCUAAGAGGAUCAUGCAUUUCCGAAUGCUGUUCGAGUCCAUCUUCGAGAACAGCGACGCCCUCGUAUGGAACAUCUUCACCCGCGUAUCUGCCCUCCCGGAGCUCGAGAUGCUGAGGAGCAGCCUCAUCUUCUUCAUGAAGCAGUAUGUUGUCGCCGCAAACACGGAGAAGCCUUUAGCCAGCAAAUUCAAGAUUGCGAAGAAGGCACUUGAUAAUGUUGCUGGAAUCCUCAUGUAAAAAUGCUCUACAUUUUUGUAGACAAAAUGCCUUUUUGUUCCUCUUUCCCUCUUUUAUAUCUUAAGAUCAAAGAUUCGCGCUGUAACUGAGGUAAAUACGACCGGGUUAAUCUAUCUGUUAUGCAGUGAAAAUUAUUCGAAUUAUGUAACAUUGGUUGGGAAAUGAAAGCAGAGAUGUAUCCUGUGUAAAUUGGGUUAAUUUUGUUAGCUACUACUGUGAGAUUGCUCCAGGAAUACAAUAAGAAUUGAACUUAUUCAA